CUUCAGGACACUAUCCAAAACCAGUUAUAUAAACCACGGCUAUCAAUCGAUCAGACAACACAAAAUUUCAACUUCCAGUUAGCAAUUGUUGGAUCUCUCUUUAGGCUUUGCUUAGCGAUCAGUAACGAGUAUGUCGAUCAUCCCAAGCUUUUUCGGUGGUCGUCGAACAAACGUCUUCGAUCCCUUCUCCCUCGACAUCUGGGAUCCUUUCGAAGGCUUCCCCUUCAACAACAACAACAACUUCCGUUCUCUCUCCGAUCGCGUCGGAUCUUCUGAAACAGCUUCGUUCGCGCACGCGAAUAUUGACUGGAGGGAGACUGCGGAUGCUCACGUGUUCAAGGCGGAUGUGCCGGGGCUGAAGAAGGAGGAAGUGAAGGUUCAGGUUGAGGACGAUCGAGUGCUGCAGAUCAGUGGAGAGAGGAACAAAGAGAGUGAGGAAAAGGGAGACACGUGGCACCGUGUUGAGAGAAGCAGCGGGAAGUUUAUGCGAAGGUUUAGGCUGCCGGAGAACGCGAAAGUGGAUCAGGUGAAGGCGGCGAUGGAGAAUGGUGUGCUGACUGUCACUGUGCCCAAAGUUGAAGUGAAAAAACCUGAUGUGAAGUCGAUUCAAAUCUCUGGUUGAAUUUGAAAGGUAUCUCAUAUAUGUGUCGAUAUUAGGCUAAAUUGUAAGUCGAAUAAUGUCUGUUGUUGAAGUCGAAUAGUGUCUCCCAGUAUUGCAAAUCUACUAAUCGAAAAUUUUCAUUGUACGAGUCGGUUGAUUAGGGUUUUCAAGUUGUGUUUGCGUUCGUACGUGCUGUGUAAAUGUUUCGUUAAUCAGUGAGAACAAUGGCAGCUUCAGUAA